AUGCCGCGGAGCACUAGAGCGGCCUCCAGGUCGCGCUCCAAGACACCGCGCCGCGCCGCAUCGAUCACUGCUGGCGAGCGCGCAGCGCAGAAGCGGCUCGCUCCACUCAACCUGCCAACGGUGGGGUACGAGUGGGGCGGCCCCGUGGGCGCGCUAUCCAUGAUAGUGUUCCUCCCGGCCCUUGUGCUCGGCCUAAACACACUGUGCGGGGAAAAGCAGUGCACGGUGGACGGCGUUUACACACUGCAUACGGAACUCAUGGAUACCUUCAGGGCGUCUCUUUCUCAACUUCCCCUUGCACUUGGGAUUGAGGCGGCGUGGCUGCUGCUACAUGCACUGCUCUACGUGGCUCCGUUUGGAGCGCGGGUGAAGGGGACGAGGCUGCGUAACGGGGAAACCCUCGUGUACAACAUGAAUGCCGUGCAUGUGUUCCUUCUGACUCAUCUUGCUCUAGGCGCUCUUCACUACCAGGGCAUUGUUCGCCUGGCGGGCCUGGCGGAGAUGUUUGUGCCGCUCAUGAUCGCCUCAAUUAUAAUCUCCAUGGCUAUGAGUGUUGUGCUCUACGUCGCAUCCUUCCGGGCACCGACGGUGCUGCUUUCUGAGGGAGGCAACACGGGGAACCGUGUGUACGAUUUUUGGAUGGGGCGCGAACUAAACCCCCGAACCGGGUCGCUUGACUGGAAAUUGAUGUGCGAACUGCGCCCAGGCCUUAUUGGGUGGAGUGUGUUGAAUUGGGCCUUUGUCGCCAAGGCGGUGGAGGCCGGCACCUGCACCCCCAGCAUCGUCAUCAUCGCCCUGCUGGAGUCGUUUUACGUCUUUGAUGGGCUUUUGCUCGAGGCGGGCAACCUGACGAUGAUGGACAUUGUGCACGACGGGUUUGGCUUCAUGCUCUGCUUUGGCGACCUCACGUGGGUGCCGUUCACGUACACGCUCAAAACCAAGUUCUUGGCGUAUCAUCCUGUGAGACCGAGCAACGCAUAUGUGGCCUGCGUCUGCCUGCUCGCUGUGGCCGGCUACGUCAUCUUCCGCGGUGCCAACUCGCAGAAGAGCAAGUUCCGUCAGAACCCGCGUGACAAGGCGGUGGCAAAUCUAAAGGUGAUGCGAACCUCACGCGGCAAGUCGCUCAUCAUCUCUGGCUAUUGGGGCUUCUGUCGUCACCCCAACUACGUCGGGGACUGGCUGAUGACGUUCUCCUGGUCUGCGCUGACGGGCACGGCGGCACUCUUGCCGUACUUCCAGCCGGUGUACUUCGCCGUUCUGCUCAUUCACCGUCAACUGCGGGACGAGCGCCAAAUGGCUGAAAAGUACGGUGCCGCGGACUGGAAAAAAUUCUGCACUGCCGUUCGUUAUCGUCUGAUUCCGUAUGUUUACUGA